CAUGCAGCAAUAGCUGAUGAAUGUAAAGAAUUUCUUAUCAUAAGGAGAGUUGUGGAGAUUGUUAUUCAGAACCCAAAUUUUCACAAAGAGAUGCUUGCAGAUUACAAAGUCAAACCUAUAAGAUUUGAUGAGAUGAAAACUUUCACAAUUGAAAUUCCAGAUGAAAAUAACUAG